AUGACUCAUACUUUAAUACGUUCAUUUUCUCAAAUUUUCUUAAAAUGUAAUAUUAUCAAUGAAAAGUACGAUUUCAACAUCAAAUCGUCGACAAGAAAUGGUAAAUCUAGUCUCUUUUACAAGAAUGACUUGAAACAAUUAGAACAUCUUUUCAUUUCGUUGAGAAAUUUCUGGUUUUAUAAAGAUAUUGAAAUUCAUUUUACAUCCUGUGCAUUAACAUCAGUUUCUAUCACCGAUGACGAUGAUUCUGGCCGUGAUAUAUUAUUUUCAUCACAAAAUAGACUAGAAAAAGCACAAUUAUUGACGAUUAUGUUUGAUGAAGAUGCAUGUAGUUUAUUUAUUAAUUUUUAUUUAUCCUCAUUUAGUGAAAAUUCAAUUGUGACUCUUCCAGAAUUAAUAUCGGGUGUGAGAUCUAAUCAAACGUUUUGUUUAGCUAAAUGUAUUAUAACGAUCAUGUUACAUGUUCGUUCGAAAACGCCAGAUACAGCUUAUAUUGGACGAACGACAUUGAUUGUUGAUGCUCGAAAGGGAAAAGUCGCUGUUCGAAGUACCAAUGUAUUACCGGCUUUACUCAAAGUCAAAACUCAACAACGGAACAAAGAAAAUCUGUUGUGCUACCCAUACUCUAUCAAAUGUUAA